AUGUGUCACUCUGGUAGUGGUAUUUUGGACUUGUAUGACAUAGUCGAUGCUCUCAGGUCAAUGACAAUCAGUGAUGCCAAUAAUCUUGAAGUGAACCUCAUCCUGGACCUCACAAGGGCAAGACAGGAUGUUGUCAAUGCAGAGAAAGUGCUUGCUGACUGUGUGGUCCACAAACACAAAGUCUUGGCAAAUCUCUCCAAGCACAAAUCUGAUAUUUUGAAGCAGAAGCUCGCCAAGGUGGAUGUAGGAAUAGCUCACAUGCGGAUAACAUUUCAAAAACAUGGUCUCUCUCACCACAGACCCACACAGAGUGUUUUGCAAGAAUCACUCAAAUGUCAUCACAUCAUGGUCCAGCUAUAUUAA